AUGGCCGAUGCAUUAAGCCAUAAAGCUGCGACUGAUCUGAGAGCGAUGUUCACUAAACUGAGUCUCUUUGAUGACAGGAGUUUGUUGGCAAAACUUCAAGUUAAACCAACCUGGGUUAAUCAGAUCAGGGAUAAGCAGAUGAGGGAUAAAUAUUUGGAGUUGUGUUUCUGUCAGGUAGAGGAUGGUGCAAUGACCAAUUUUGAGAUUAAUAGUGAUGGGGUAUUGUGCUUUCAUGAUCAGAUCUGUGUACAGAAUGAUGAAGAUUUGAGACUGUCAAUUUUGAGGGAGGCGCAUAGUAGCCCUUAUGCUAUGCAUCCUAGUGGGAACAAGAUGUAUCAGGAUCUGCGAGAGUUUUACUGGUGGUCAAGAGUGAAAUGUGAGAUUACCAACUUUGUUGCACGCUGUUUGACGUGUCAGCAGACUGAGUUGGGUGAGCAACGAGUUUUGGGUGACCGACGAGUUUUGGUUUCGGAGUUGGUAGCAGAAACUGAGGAUAAAGUCUGUUUGAUUCGAGAGCAUCUGAAAGCAGCUUCUGAUAGACAGAAGUCCUAUACUAAUCUGAAGAGGAAGGACAUCGAGUAUUCUGUGGGGGACAUGCGAGUAGGACCAGUCACAUAUCAGUUGGAGCUACCUCCAGAGUUAGACCGCAUACACGAUAUGUUCCACGUCUUGAUGUUGAGACGCUAUCGCUCUAAUCCCACACAAAUUGUGCCUGUGAAGGAGAUUGAGGUUAGACCAGAUCUAACAUUCGAGGAGGAUCCAGUUCAGAUCCUUGAUUGCGGCAUUAAGGUUUUGCGUAAGAAAUCUAUUCCUUUAGUAAAGGUGUUAUGGCGGAAUCAUAGCACUGAGGAGGCCACUUGGGAGCCGGAGGAUUCGAUGUGUCAGCAGUAUCCUCAUCUUUUCUGUGGUUAUGGGUUCACGGUGUGUGUGUGA